GGAGCGUCUGGAGGAGGCAGGUGCAGGUACGGGCGGCGCCGGUUCAGGGGCUGCUGGAGGCCCAGGAGGCUCGGACGCGGUGCAGGAAGCUGCCUACCACGCCGGCUCCUGAUCGCAGGCGCCCACAGCGCGGACAUGGCGGGCUGGUGGCCGGCGUUGUCGCGCGCGGCCCGGCGCCACCCAUGGCCCACCAACGUGCUGCUCUACGCCUCGCUCUUCUCGGCCGGGGACGCGCUGCAGCAGCGACUGCAGGGCGGCGAGGCCGACUGGCGCCAGACGCGGCGUGUGGCCACGUUGGUGGUGACCUUCCACGCCAACUUCAACUACGUGUGGCUGGGCCUGCUGGAGCGCGCGCUCCCGGGCAGCGCGCCACGCGCGGUGCUGGCCAAGUUGCUCUGCGACCAGGUGGUCGGUGCGCCCAUCGCGAUCUAGGCCUUCUACACCGAAAUUCUGGAAUACCUAUCUGAGCGGACUGGUGUACUGGCCCUUUGUACCGCUGACCAACUUCAGCCUUGUUCCUGUUCAAUGGUGAACAGCUGGAGUCUGUGGUUUUCUCUGGGCCAUCUUUGUCUGUUUUUCCCAGCAGAGUGGUGA